AUGAGCGGCCAAAUGAGCAGGGCCGAGCGAUUCGAGGACGAGAAGCGGAGGAUCAUCGAGAGUUGCUUCAACAAGAGAGAUGACGACGGCUCCAGUAGGCACGCCACAAGACAACGAAGCAGUAAUAAUGACAAAACGACAACAGACAUUGACAAUGAUGAACUAGCUAUCGAAACAUACAUCACCCACAUCCGCAUCACCGAGUUCUCAACACACCCGACCUCGCCCCCGCCGCCCCAGGCCCGAACCCCUAAUACCGAAAAGCCUCGCGUCAUCAUCGUCGCCGUGCGCAAGUCCGGCCGCGUGCGCCUGCACAAGUCCAAGGAGAACCCCAAUGGCACCUUCUCCAUCGGCAAGACCUGGUUCCUCGACGACCUGACCGACAUCGAAUCCUUCACCAGCCCAACCGCCAGCCCCAACUUCCGCGAGUGGGCCGGCGAUGUGGGCUUCAUCGUCACCCUGGGGAAGCCCUACUACUGGCAGGCCCAGACCGACAAGGAGAAGAAGUUCUUCAUUGCCAGUAUGAUUAAGAUCUAUGGCAAGUAUACCGGCGGCCGCGUGCCGAGACUGAUAGGCUUCGACCAGCGUGAACUCGAUCAAGUGUUGGGUGGUGCCCAGGCCCCGAGGCGACCGGCAGAUAGGGGCCCGCCUUCGAGAUCCGGCACUCAGAUCGACCAGCAUGGGGCGGCUGUUCCUCCUCCUUCGAGAUCGGCUACAUUCGAUAACCCGCCAUCGCGAUCUGGGCCCUUGGACCACCCUCCCUCGAGAUCCAACACCAUUGACCAUCCUCCUUCGCGUUCCGGGACCCUGGACACUGCUCCUAGUAGCGGCAAUGUCUCCAUGACAUCUGGAUACGGCUCAUUUCCAGCUCAACCACCUCCGCCCUCCGGACCACCACCCUCUGCGCCUCCCCCUGGACCUCCUCCUAGUCGCCCGGUUCCCGGAAGAAUGCCUUCAAGCACCAACUUGGCUCCCAACAGUAGAGAUAGGGGGCCGUCGCCAUCCAGGAGCAUGCAGUCAAACAAUGUGAGGUCGCAAGAGGAACUACCGCUGAGGAGGAUGAACUCCAACCAGAGCCAGGAUUCAAGGGCACCUUCGUUGGCGGCAAGGACCGAGGAUAGUUCUAGUUUGCGUCCGGGGUCUAGAGCUGGUACGGGGGACUCCAAGUUUACCACCCCUGAACCCGCCAGGGCUCCGACACCUUCUGCGCCAGCUGAGGCCCCGGAAAGGAAACGACCGCCCAUGGAUCCUUUACGCCCGUUGCAGCCUGAUAACGGGUUAGUCCCAGCGCCGCUAAUGAGCCCUAGCCUGCGAGGACGGGGAGACCCAGUUCUGCCUCCUCCGCGAAGCGUGGAACGUAUGAUUCCUCGCAAAAAUUCCAUCAUCACACAAAACAACCCACAGAGGGCAUCAUCCCCAGCCCCGCCUGUGGCUGACCAGGUGGUCACACCCAUCGAACCCAGAAAGAUUGAGCUCCCCGUGAGCGUGGCUCCUAGUCCGACCGCGAGCACGCCUGCUUCAGUCAAGUCGCCCAUCACCGAGGGCGCCGAAUCCCCACGAACCGACGAGGAAAGCCGACCAGGACUCGGACCCAUGAUCAAAAACAAAAAGUCCAGGGUACAGAUUGCAGGCGCUAUCUGGAAGGCGGCAACGGCAGCGUCUGCCUUUAAGCCGAGGCCAGGCGGUGCCGCUGAUCGUCUACGGAACCUGACCAAGAAUCCCGAUGGGCCAGACGGCAUCACCAGUGUCGUCCCGGCACCUCCUAGGCCAACAUCCUCACAGAAGCAGGAUCAUCCGGCUCCUGAUGGCUCAGCCAAGCCCGCUGACGGUAAGGCUGGAGUUCCAGAGGUCAAGGUGACGGAUCCCAAGGGGAAGGCAGAGGAUGUGGCCAAGGACAACAAGAAAAAGGACGAGCCGCUGGAGGCCGAGGAACCACAGCGGGCGGUUGUUGCCGGCAACGACAUCAAGUAUCUUACCACACUGGGCAUCGAUCCCUCGAUCCUCGAUACCAAGACAACCGAGUUUGCCAAGUGGCUGGACUACUUUGGUUGGGUGCCCGGUAAGCAGAUGAGGUCGCGCAACUUUGACGAGAUGAGGAUCGAUGUCGACCGUGAGCUUAGCAAGGCGCAGGCGGGUGGCUGGUUGGCUCGCUUCCAGGAGGAGGAUGAAAGGGUGGAUGCUAUCAAGAAGGGCAUCGAUGUGGCGAUUGCGGAAUGUGAUGAGCUUGAUAACUUGCUUACUUUGUACAGCGUUGAGUUAUCUACGCUCUCGGAUGAUAUUGCUUAUAUCGAGGCUCAAGGCCAAGGUCUCCAGGUCCAGGCUGCGAACCAGAAGCUGCUCAAGAAGGAAUUGGAAUCGUUGUUGACUACCUGCGCCAUCAGCGAGUCGGAUCUCGCCGCUCUCAAGGUUGCGCCACUUGAGACUGCGGCUGGCGUCGAGGAGAUUGAGACUGCUCUUGUUACCCUGUUCAAGGCCAUGAUGAAGAUCGAUCCCGCAAUGGGUGCUGUCGAAGGACGCAGGAGUGAGGAUGGAAGCGGUGGGCAAGCCAUCGGCCUCAACAGCGACUACGGAAACAUGCGCAUCGUCCAAGAGAAGCGAGAGAUGUACAUGUCAGAGAGCACCCUGUUCACGCGGAGGCUAAUGGAAUUCAUGGCACGACGAUUUGAGGAUGCCUUCCGGGCUACCAAGAUGGCUUUGGAUAACGCGCUCUCGAAGAAGGUCGACCCUCGCAACCAUGAAGCCGGCAGAGAUAUUCUCUGGAUGUACAGCCCGCUUAUCCUCUACGCCAAGGAGGUUGAUGCCGAGAACUGGGACCGUAUCAUGCAGAUAUACCAGGAUAUCAGCCACCCGAUUUACAAGGCCGAGUUCAAGGAGGCGAUGGAAUCGUGGAAGAGGAACGCGAGGAAGAUGACUGGCGAGGAAACGGCCGAAUUACUGUUCUCUUCGCAGCAAGAGAAGAAGGAAGAAGGCCUUGCUACUACAGCGAGGAAGCUCACUGUCAAGCGAAGCCAGACUUUGGCGAGGACCCUCCGAUCGCAGGUCGGCGAAGGAAGGGGCGGCGUUGCGGCAGAGAAGACACCAGAUAGCAGAGCUCUCCCUUACGAAGUGUUUGCUGGCGUUCUGGACGAUCUUCUUCCGCUGGUCGAGAUGGAGCAGAACUUCGUGGUCGACUUCUUCCAUGCCUCGACUCUGGAACAGGUCGAUUUCCCGGAUCUUGUUGUUGCGUCCAGGCCCCAGGAUCGUCGCGGAAACGACCUCAAGCGCCAUCGCAUGAUGGAACCGGAUCGUGAUCUGGCACGCAGGAUUACUCGUGCAAUGGAGGUCAUCUUUAUGUUCUUUGACAAGAACUUGCAGAACCUAAUGGAUUGGGUGUUAAUGAUGGAUCCUUUACAAGGUGUUGGUGUCCUAGCUACGCUGGAGCGCAAGAUGGCAGACAUCAGCCAAACCAACCAAGACUAUCUCAAUAACGUUCUACAGAAGCUUCAUGCUACCCUCGAGACCAAGUUCAAGAAAUUUGUCGACGAGCAGGUGCGCGCCAUCGAGGAUACCAAGGUCAAGAUCAAGAAGCGCAAGGGUGUCAUCCAUUUUAUGCGCAUCUUCCCUCAAUUCGCUGCGGCCGUCGAGAACAUGCUCUCCUCCAUCGCUGCUGCAGGCGGCAACUCCAUGGACUCGCCCGUCUCCGUCAACAACCUUACCGUCCGCCGCAUGAUCGACCGCGAGUACGACCGCAUCAUCAAGACCAUGUUCGACUCGCUCAAGGUUAUUGCGCGCGAGAACCCAGCCGUGUCUACACUCCCUGCCACUCACGGCGGCGGCUCCUCUGGCUUGUCCUUCCCCGGCAGCGGCGCGGCCUCCAUGAUCAGCAGCGUCAACAUCAACCUCGGCAGCAGCUUACGUGGCUCCUCGGGCGCCGACACGGAAGAGGACAAGGAGGCGCUCAACUUCCACAUCCUGCUCAUCGAGAACAUGAACCACUUCAUCGAGGAGGUCGACAACCCCAAGGGCCUCGAGGUGCUCGACGACUGGCGCGAGGCCGCCCAUCAGGAACUCGCAGAGCAUCUGAACCUCUACCUCAACACCGUCAUGCGCAGACCGCUCGGCAAACUGCUCGAGUACCUCGAGAACAUCGAGGCCCAGCUCGCCGCCGGCAAGAACCCCGGCGCCGUGGCCGCGCAGCCUAGCAACGCCAAGUCCACCUUCAAUAAGGUGUUGAGCGGGUAUGAUGGGAAGGAAGUCCGCAAGGGCAUUGAGACGCUCAGGAAGAGAGUGGAGAAACACUUUGGCGGUGAUGAUGAUGCGCCCGGUGGGGAUGGCGCGAGCGUGAUUACCACAGGUAGCACUGGUUCCAGGGUGGUUGGCGGCGGUAACAGGAGUCUGGUGAUGAGGGUGUUGAAGGAGUGCGAGAGGUUCUAUGGCGAGGUGGAGAUGAGGGUGGGCAAGAUCACGACGGAGGUGUAUGGGGGUGAGGUCUUGUGGGAGUGGCCGAGGGCGGAGGUCAAGAGUGCUUUUGGGCAUGUGGGGAGGUGA